AUGACCACCGAUAUAAACAAAAUCCCCCUCUCCUACGCCACCUGCUCAAUAGGCGCAUCCGAAUCCGACAGCCUCCCCCGUAAGCUCGAAGCCCUCCACCAAGCCGGCUUCACAGGAAUCGAGCUCGCCUUCCCGGACAUCGUCUCCUACUCCCAAGCCCUCCUCGGCCACGAAGUCGCAGAAGAUAAUUACUCCGAGCUCGUCACCGUCGCAAAAGAUAUCCGCAAACAAUGCGAAGCCAAGAACUUAAAGGUGAUGAUGUUGCAACCGUUCGCGAACUUCGAGGGCUGGCCGCGGGGUUCGAAGGAGAGGGAAGAUGCGUUUGCGAGAGCAAAGGGAUGGAUUGAGGUUAUGAGGGCUGUGGGGACGGAUUUACUUCAGGUCGGCUCAACAGAUACACCCCUCGACAAACUCUCUGUAACCCAAGAUAACAUCAUCACCGAUCUCCGUGAGCUCUGCGACCUACUCGCAACGCAUAACAUGCGUCUUGCGUAUGAAAACUGGUGCUGGUCUACGCACGCGCCUACGUGGAAAGACGUCUGGACGCUCGUCCGUCUAGUCGAUAGACCUAAUAUCGGGCUCUGUCUUGAUACGUUCCAAACCGCUGGGUCUGAAUGGGGCGAUCCAACGACAUCUACAGGAAGAAUUGAAGACUUCCCCGUUGAGGAAUUGGACCGACGGUUGGAGAAGAGUCUGGAGGCAUUGGCGAGCACGGUUCCGGCGGAGAAGAUUUAUCUGCUGCAGGUGUCAGAUGCGUAUAAGCCUGUUCGGCCAAUUGAGGGGAAGAUGGUUGAUGGGGCUUGGCCGAGGGCUCGGUGGAGUCAUGAUUAUCGGCCUAGACCGUAUGGUGGGGGUUAUUUGCCUAUUGAGAGGGUCGCCAGAGCGGUACUGAAGACGGGGUUCCGGGGCUGGUUCUCCAUGGAGAUAUUUGAUGGAGGGGCUGAUGGGAAGGGAAAGGAGUAUGAGAUGGGAGAGUAUGCGCGGAGUGCUAUGGAGAGUAUGCGGAGAUUCUUGGAGAGGUCUGCGGAGUAG